UUUCCACUUCCGCCUUCUCCCCCCUCCCACUUGUCCUCCGAGCUAAGUCGACACCACAGCGGUAGCUCCCAGGCGCGGUGUCUGUGGAUCGGUUGACUUGUCUUUCAGUGUCGGUGCCGGUGCCGUUGAACUGCCAGCCAUGGCCGACCUAGAUCCGUUCGGCGCCCCCGCCGGCGCUCCCGGCGGCCCCGCGCUGGGGAAUGGGGUGGCCGGCGCGGGCGAAGAAGACCCGGCCGCGGCCUUCUUGGCGCAGCAGGAGAGCGAGAUUGCGGGCAUCGAGAACGACGAGGCCUUCGCCAUCCUGGACGGCGGCGCCCCUGGGCCCCAGCCACACGGCGAGCCACCGGGGGGUCCGGAUGCUGUUGAUGGAGUGAUGAAUGGUGAAUACUACCAGGAAAGUAAUGGUCCAACAGACAGUUACGCAGCUAUUUCACAAGUGGAUCGAUUGCAAUCAGAACCUGAAAGUAUCCGUAAAUGGAGAGAAGAGCAAACGGAACGCUUGGAAGCCCUUGAUGCCAAUUCUCGGAAGCAAGAAGCAGAGUGGAAAGAAAAAGCAAUAAAGGAGCUGGAAGAGUGGUAUGCGAGGCAGGAUGAGCAGCUACAGAAAACAAAAGCAAAUAACAGGUAAAUAAUAAAUAUUUUGAGAAAAGAAAAUGGGGGUGCUCAGUUCAAGCAGUGUUGUUCUUCCUGGGUGACUGUUGCAGCAGCUGGAUGCUUCCCGGGGACCACAGAUACAAGGCAGAGAGAAGUUUGAAAAAGGAGACUCGGAUAGCAAGGGCCUGUUUUGACGAGUGUAUCAUCAGGCUUCCUACCUUCAGAUGCCCUCAGCUGAAGCCUUCAGAGCACAUCUGUGCCAGGCACUGUGCUUGGCUGUGGACAGACGACAGUCAACAGGCCCUGUCACGGCAUCUCCCGUCUGUAUUAGUCCUCAGACUGCAUCUCCUUCCUUUAUAGGGCCUGAAUAUCACUGAACAAGAGCCAUGAAUUACUGUAUUUUGCCAUGAAUAAUGUGUACUUUUUGCCCAGAUUUUUGAGGGAAAAAUAAGGUUGCACAUUAUACAUGCUUGGGUAGUACUAAUUCUGUAUUUAUAUAAAUGUGUAAUUCUUUUAUUUAUGCUUAUGCAUUAAAAGUGUGACUAGAAAGCAGUAACGAUAUCUGUGCAAAAUAAUACCCUGGAAUACAAUAAUCGAUUUUUUCCAAAUAUAAGUAAAUAAGAUACUGAAUAAAAUUAAACAACUUUUUUCCCUGAAAGUUUGGGCCACAAACAUAGGUGCACAUUAUACACAGGAGCACAUUAUACACGGCAAAAUAUGGUGAGUGACAACACAUGGAAAAGAGUUCUCUUCAUAGGAGCCAGGCAGAGGGGUUUAUCCCUCCAGAACCCAAGACCAUGUUCCUUCCCAAACUGUAACACAAACAUUUCCCCUUUCACAGGUAGCUUCGGUGCUGACUUUCAGGGCUGGUAAAAGUUUGCAGACUCCAUGAUGCUCAGGCAAGGCAGGAAGGGGCAAACAGGUUGGCAGCCUCCUGACGCCUUGUGGCCAGGCCUGGAAGGCCUUCCUCCUCCCCUCUCCCAGGCUUCCCUGAGCCCCUUCCUGCCCUGCGCGAGGAUUGCUGCGCUCUGGCUCCUCCUCCUGGUGGGGGAAGGGCGAACAGGUCGGGGGGGGGCCACCUGUGCUUCUUGAAUGAGGUUUUCCAUUUUUCUGAGUCUGUACCAUGACAGCAGUGCUGUCAGGCAAGCUCUUAAGUCCUGGGACUAGCUACAGACGAGCAAAAGGCCUUACAUUCAAGCUUUCGUUGUCUUAGUGAUGCCUUGACAGUACUCAUUAAACCUUUAUUUUCUUCCAGCAGAAGCAAGCACCAGUUGAAAUUGAUUAGGUUUAGUCCUUUUGUGUAAGCUAAAAGGAUUAUGGGUUUACCAGCUGGCCUGCCUUUUCUUUUCCCUCCCACUCACUUUGCCCACAAACAAUUCUGUUUUCCUGCUGACUCACUUUGAGCUACAAUCAGGCUGUUCUUUUUUGCUUGCUUUAAAUUUCCACAGAACACCGCUUACAUAUAAUGCAAAAUGGUAAAGAAGGAAGGGUAUGUGUGAGUUUAGAAAUAAACUGAAAUUAAAAUUAGUGGCACUUCCCUCUAAAUAAAUAUGUGCGCUAAUGUUAAUACAAAAAUCAGCCUUUAAAAAAAAAAAGGUCCCUUCUAUUCCUGUGCCCCAGACUGACUUAGCAGAGGACAGGGCAAGACUCCUUGAGGGAGGGUCCCCACCCACCCACAGCGGAAUAGCGUGCGCGGCCUGCGGCAGGGUCCAAGCCAGCCUGUCUGCUGCGAUGUGAGCUCCUCUACUCAGCAAGUCCCCACCUUCUUAUCCCAGAGCCCUGCCAUUUGGACCCAUUGCCGAUGUGAGUGGGAGUUAAGGAAGGGUGAGGUGCUGGCUUCUGCACUGCACCUUGUCAAAGCCAAGUCUGGCCUGGACUAAGCAGACAGUCCUGUUCGGGGACACGUAGUGAACCAGAUCCAGAGCCCUCAUGUGCAGUUCUUUGCAUCAGACCUUACCUCCAGCUGCUUUUUUCUCUAAAGUGGGAAUUUUGAAAUGACUGUAAGUGUUCCUAGGGUACUGAAAAUUGAUCCCACCCAGCAAGUGUAGGGAAGCAGUGGUCGGAUAAUCCAAGAUAAAACUGGCUUUGGGACCUAGUGUGUCUGGCAGCAUUCAUGCCCAGUGAUAGUUACUGAGUCUGGCAGGGAGGGGACAUGGCUUCCUGAGCACACACCAGCCGGGAAGUAUUAAUAUACAGUGAGAGGAGCCAGGUAACUUUGGUUGUGGGUCCUGUCCUUGUUGCCUCUUACUGCUGAGCAAGUUGCUUCAUCUCCAGGCCUCCGUUGCCUCAUCUGUAAAAUGCGGUGAACACUCAGUGUCUUAGGUUGCUGGCGUUGAGAACUGAAUCAACACAACGUCGAUAAAAGGGCUUAGCCCGUAAGUAGGUGCCUAGGGAAUGUUCGUCGUGGCUGGGGUGAGGCGAUGGGAGAAUCCCUGCGGGGAAGGCCAGCGGGGAGGCCGUCCGUGCCUGCCGGAGUCUCCCGUGCUGGAAGCCUCCCUUGGGUUAGGAUGGAGCCUUGGGACCAGCUUUCCCAGAGCACAGUAGUGCUUCUAUUGUGGAUUUGAGAUGUUUCUGCUUCUCAAUGUUCUCUCUUUUUUCCUGCCUGCUUGCCU